UACGCUUUCACAACUUAGUACUAAUCUUUGUCCUUAAAAAAAACUGACUCACUUACUGCAGCUUGACAAGAACGCAUCUGCCGACGCACAACCUCUCCCCGAAGCCCUUGGCUUCCCGUCCAUUGCAAUGAGGGUACUCUGUUUUUUGGCACUUGGAUGCCCUAAUCUUCAUGAUCAUUGGAAUUCGCUUCAAUCAGACCGAGCCUUCGAAACCGUUAGGACCAGAAUAUGCUAUAUCCUGGGGAGAACUAUCACCACGGCAAGUCUCCUCGCUAUCAGUGGUGCUUUCGUCAGUACGGCCUCUCCUGUGUUAUACUCCGGCUAUACAUCAUCCAUUCCCUAUUGUCUGCUCUUUACAUCACUCAUGUUUGCCAUAAUCGCCAUGUUGACAUCUGGCUCGAGCCUGAUACGUUGGUUACACACCGAUCGGCACUGGACUCGAGAACAACUCAAACAAGGCCGCUACUUUAUCUGGUCCUACCUGUUGUCAAUAGUCACGCCUAUGUUCUUCGUUGUCUGGUCCCUGAAUUGUUUCGUUUUUGCAGGCUUUUCAUCUCAAAGUGUGAUAUGUCGCGCCCUUACUGCGCUCGGGCUGGUGACAUACGUAGUCAACGUUGGGAAAAUAUCGAUAGAAGCUAUGUGGAAGUAUGCGGCAAGCCUCGAGCACGCUGGAUAUCCCCAGUGAUUUACAGUUUCCAUGGUUUCAGUCAGGAAGACAAAACCUUGGUCCUUCAGGCUGUUCAUUUCCUAGACGUUCUCAUGCUUUCCAGGUUAUGACUAUCCCUCACGGCUGAGCCGUCACGACCCGAGUAUCUAGUUAAUAUAAUAUCAAUCUUUCUAACA